ACGCCUGUUGUAGGCUUAAACGCGUAACGUUUCGCAAUAACGGCGUAACACGCCCAUAGUGUUCCUUUGAAUGAUAUUUUGCCUAUUUUUAAUAAUUUGACAACUCCCAAGUGUAUGUUUUUAUGUUUGAGGGUACAUAGACAUAUCUUUUGUUUUUUUUUUAUUUAAUUUUAAUGUGUGACGCCUGUAAUAAAGAAAUAUAUUCAUUAAGGCACCUUAUCGUAGCUACAAGAAGAUUGUAAGUAGAAUUAGGCAUUUCACUUGAUGAUAAAUAAUGUAUGUUUUGAUUUUAAUAAAGUAAAAUAAAAAUUUGAUGAUGGAAAAUGUAGCGUGCGAUCACUGACAAACAAUCAACUUUAUCGAAACAUACGAUUUUCACUAAAAUUGUUAAAAUAUACAUUGAAGUGAGGUGUGAUCUCAAUAUAUUACUUGUUUGAACAUCUCGUAUGUUAGCAAAAGAGUCGUAAAAGUAGGCUUUCUUUGAUCAGUUGGAAUAUUGUUUGGAUAUGCUUGAGUGUAAACCCCUCCUAGUAUUACGUCUUAACGCGUUUGUCAACAAUAUCUUUUAACUGCUCGAAGGUACACUAAGUCUGUAAGGUAUUUGGUAACGUCAACAAAAAUCUAAGGGAAUACUUUUUUAUAAGCAAUAUAAAAGUUUGCCUGAUGCUUGACGUGGUUCACGUUAUUUUCUUUACUACACUCAACUAUUUUUUACUUUUUGUUUGUUCGCUAUCUACUUGGAAAGGUCAAAUUGACGUGUUUACCUCGAGCAUGUGGAUCAAUUGAAAUCAAACUUUGUAGAAAACAAUAUCUCAAAAUCUAUUUUCGUGUUCUAUUAUUCAUAUUUUCCUUUUUUAUUGUUUCUGGUUGGGAUUUUUGUAAAACCUAGGAAGAUCACGGUAGAAAGUAAACGUAAUGCUAUCCAAAAUGUUCUUUUUAAAAAAAUGUUGUGUUUUUGUUCUUCAAAUUUCUUCAAAUUAAAUUAAAGUUAUUGUAAAAAAACACGCGUGUCACCAUCUAGCUGAUUAUGCAAUUGGAAUCCUGGAUAAAAACGUCACCAAACAUCCAUUCUGUAAUUUGAAGUAUGCUUAAUGAAAAUCUUUUUAAAAAGUACCCGUUAAAUAUUGCGGAACCUAUUUCUUUCUGUAAACUUCCUUCCAAAAAAUUAUUCAUUAAUUUCUUAUUUUAUCUUAUUGGUUUUAUUUUUAGAAACAUCAACAUACUUUAAAAAAGGCGUGAACAAAAGAGAUAGGUGACCGAAAAUAACAUUCAGGAAAAAUAAAUAUUACGUCACUCGCACGUUUUGUACGGACGAAACGAUGAAGAAGGUUAGUUUUUAAAAAGACAUACAGAGAGGUUGUGAAAAUUGAUUCCAACAUGCUUUUCACUGUCUGCUUUUUUAUCUCGUGUUUGAGGUUAUCACAUGCUGUACUGGAUAUACCGCAAAGUGUACGGAGAUAUCAAAUCGUCGAACCCAUUCAAGUUACACCCUUUCGUAACAAAAGAAUAUACAGAAGAGACUUGUCAACAUUAGAUCACAAGCAGGAUGGUAGUCAUAUGAGCAAGGUUGAAUACUUGCUGCGGCUGAAGAAUGAAACAUUACAUUUAGACUUGAUUCAAAAUAAAUAUCUGCUGGGAUACAACUUCAAUGUAAAGCUUCAAAGUAAUUCGACUCAUUCUGUUAAGCUUCCCGUGCAGAAUUGCCAUUAUCAUGGAAAACUAAGAAAUAGACCCGGUAGAGUCGUUUUGAGUACUUGCAAUGGACUUACAGGGACUGUCUUCGAUGAUAAUGAUGGGACUCAAUACUAUAUUAAUUAUCUGGAAGGCUCAAAGAAACAUAUAAUUUACAGACCAGAAGAUAUGAGAGGAACUCCAGAUAUAAAAUAUCAUGUCGACAAUAUGAAGGAUAUGUUACUUGCUUCUUCUACAAGCACUCAUAAAAGAUUCCGACGCCAUUUACGCAAAGAUCAGGACAGCUCUGUCACAAAAUAUAUAUCUUUCGCGAUUGUUGCUGACAAUGCUUUUUUAAAACAGAGAAAAGGUGAUGUUCAAAGCGCAGUGAAUUAUAUUAUGACGCUGGCAAACCACAUGGACCAUAUGUUCAAGCCAGCUAACGUACGAAUAGCCCUCACCAAUGUGGAGAUAUGGGACAAAAAAGAUAUGUUUUACAUAACAUCGGAUGCUGGUUUAAGCUUGAAUAUGUUUAGUAUCUACAACAAAGGAGUGCUGACUCAGCAAUAUGAGUGGAAGCAUAGUAAUGCGCAUUUGUUGACAGGAGUCAGAAUGCUAGGAAGUCUUGUUGGACUGGGAAAUACUGGAACCUUAUGUUAUGGAACAUCUGAAGCAAUUAGUCACUCUUGGAGUGACAAUCCUGCACUAACUGCUGGCACUGUUGCUCACGAGUUAGGUCAUAAUUUUGGAAUAUUUCAUUAUGGAAAAGAAUGCAAAUGUCAACAGCCGCCAUGUUUAAUGGCUCCAUACGCUAGUUGGUCGACGGUACAAGGGUUGACAGAUUGUACAUUAAAAAAGAUUAACAAAAGGUGUAUGAACGGUUACUGCUCCUGUUUAAUGGACAAGCCUAAUAAGAUUUAUGGUGGUCCAACUUGUGGUAAUGGCUACAUUGAGCAGAAUGAAGAAUGUGAUUGUGGGAUAGCAAAGCAUUGUAACAAUCGAUGUUGCAACCCGAUGACAUGUAAAUUGAAUCCAGGAGCAAAAUGUGCUCACGGUGAAUGUUGCGAGAAUUGCCAGUUGAAAGCAAAAGGGACUUUGUGUCGGUUAAGUGUCGGCGAGUGUGACUUAGACGAUAAGUGCGACGGCAGAAACCCGCAGUGUCCAAAAAAUAUUUAUCUGGAGGACUAUACGUCUUGCAAUGAUGAUAAGGGCUAUUGUCACAAUUCAUUGUGUUCUGAAUCCGUGGAUGAACAAUGUGUUCAUAUGUGGGGACCAGGAGCAAAAGGUGGUGGCGAGAAAUGCAAGAUGGGAAAGAGAUAUAUCAACAUGGAUGGUAGUAAAUGGGGACACUGUGGGCAAAAGGAUGAUUUCAGCUUUAUUAAGUGCAAAGAAAGAGAUGUUCAUUGUGGCAAAUUACAAUGUUAUGGAGAUGGAUUGCCAAACUUUGUGAUCUAUGGUCACACACGGACAACGAUGUUUUAUAAUGGUGACGAAAAGAAAUGCCGUACGGGAAUCACUCAUUUAGGGAAUGAUCUUAUCGACCCUACAGUAACAAGAACGGGUACACGAUGCGGUCAUUUAAAGGUUUGCCAUGAACAACAGUGUAUUGAAAUUUCAGCAUUGAAAGAAGCCAUCUCCAAUUGCCACAAUAAAUGUGGAGCACAUGGCCGUUGCACAAAUGCUGGUACAUGCUACUGUUCACCUGCAUACAAGUGUCCCAAUUGUGUUGGUUUUGAUUAUAAGAAUUACGCCGGGAAAUUGUGCGAGUUUCCACCAGUUCUACUUACAACGAGUAAAAGAAAAGGUUGUGCUUGCAAAAAUGGAGGAGUAUGCACAUCGGAUAGAGCAUGCGUUUGCAAACCAGGUUACAAAUGUCCAGACUGUCAAGAUGCAGACCCAAGCAACAAAAAGGGAAAGCUUUGUGAUCCCAUCUUAACACAAUCAUCAGGUUUAACACAGAUGUGUAAAAUCAAAUGUCAAAAAGGCGGGAUUUGCAACCCUUUCACAAAUACGUGCUACUGUCCUCCAGGCUCGAGAUGUCCGGGCUGUAAUGGGAAGGAUAAAAGUAAUUUAAAUGGAAAACUGUGUUAUCCAAAGGGUUACAACAAGAAGGAUGUUAUUGAUUUAAAAUGUCAGAAGUUCAGCGGUUCAUUGCAAUCUAUUGGAUGUAAAAGAGGAUACCUAAAAGACCAUUUUGAUAUGCUGAUGGGAUUAAGAAAUCAAAUUGUGUGGGGAAUAAAAGGAUAUAACAUGGAAGAGUUAUUAUGUAAGUGCAUAGCCACAGCCGCACAGAAAGGCUAUCAAUUUGCUGGGUUACAAUACUGGGGUGAAUGCUGGGCAACCAAAGAAUAUGAAGCUGUACAGGGACUUUCUUCUUCAACUGAUUGUACGGCAUAUAAUUACAGUAGUUGCGAUGGAAGUAAACUAUGUGCUGGAAAGAACUCAUUGUUUUUGUAUUCAGUUCUUCAAUAGCUAACUUGGCACAUCGUGAUGUAUAUAGGGAUUGACAUUAACGCUUCAUGCAAAAUUGUAGAUUUUCUUGUAGAUUAUAACGUACUCAUAAA